AGCUCAAAAACAAACAUGGAGGCAGAAGCAGAGAAACAAAGGAGAGCAGGAGCAGAGGACCAGGAGAAGGAGAAGAGGAGAACAGGAGGACCAUGGAGGGAGGAGGAGGUGAAGGCUCUGCUCUCUGUGUGGCCUGACAGGGGGGCAGCAGUGCGGGGCGCAGGCGAGGGCCACAACAACAACAGCAGGGCCGACUGGGAGAGGCUCUCAAGCCGGCUGCGGGAUCUGGGCUUCCAGCGGAGCUGGAUCGAGUGUCAGGCACAGUGUAAGGCCCUGGGGGUCCAGGCCCGCCGGACCCAGCAGACAGCGUCAGGUCAAGCAGCCGUUUUCAGCUCUGUGGCCACAGGGGAACCACGACUGACCAGAGGUCUAUACAACAUGGUGGAGGAAAGCAGCUUGGCCAAUCAGAGAGGCCCUUCCACUGUGGUCACUCUGCAGGAAGACAGCUUGAGCACCCCCCACGUGUUGUACACGGGCUCCGAGGGUGGGCGCCACUGGUCGGACGAGGAGGUGCGGGCGCUGCUCUUGGUCUGGGCCGACCGGCACGUGCAGCAGCAGCUCCAGCGCACGCUGCGCAACAAGUCCAUCUUCCAGGAGAUGGCGCGGCGGCUGCAGCAGCAGUAUGGUGUCGUUCGCGACUGGAAACAGUGCCGGACCAAGUACAAGAACCUCAAGUACGAGUACAAGAUCGCCAAGACCACGCAGGCCGCCGGGAUGGUAGCGGCCACCAGCGGCCAGGUUAGGGCCAUGAAGUUCUUCAGCGAGGUGGAGUCCAUACUGCGGGGCAAGGAGCUGGACGUGGGGGAGGAGGAGGAUCGUGAGGAAGAGGAAGAGGAGGAGGAGAGGAUCGGGAACCUGAACACCCAAAUGAGAGUGCCUGGUGGAGAUCAGGUCAUCAAAAUUGAUGAUGAUGAAGCUCCUGAGGAUAUGGGACGAGUCUCAAUGAACUCCAGUCCUUCAUCACCUUCACAAGUCUCUGGGACUAUAGGCAUGGCCAGCAGUGACAAGUUCAACGUGAUCACGGUCCACGACUCAGGUCGCAACUGGAGUGAGGAGGAGGUGGACAAGUUGAUCAGCAUCUGGUCAGAAGAGGGCAUCCGUCGGCAGCUGGAGAACUCCACACGCAACAAGAACAUCUUCGUGCAGAUCUCGCGCCGCCUCCUGCAGCAGGGUGUGGAGCGGGACUGGAAGCAGUGCCGCACCAAGUACAAGAACCUCAAGUACCUCUACCGAUCUCUGCAGAGGGGCAAGGCGGACAUAGGCGACCCUCGGCGCAUCAUGAAGUACUACGAUCAGCUGGACACCAUCUUGACCAGAUCUGCCGGCAGCUCGGACAUGGGCUACAUGGACACAUUUGAGCCAACUCAUACGACCGCUGUUGUGAGGAUUAACAAGCCCUUCUUGGCUGCCGGCUUUGAGGAGCAGGUCCCAGCCAGCCCGGACCCUAAAAGCUCAAGGGACUUUGUUGCUGUUCAGUAUGAGCCACGGGUGAUGGUCGAGAACAUCCUGAGAGGCUCCAAGAGCAUCGAUGCAGUAGAGGUAAAGUUGCAGGAGGAAGUGGAGGUCAUCUCAAUGAAGUCAGAUGGAACGCUUCCCAAAGCCACCCUGGACACUCCCUUCAUUGAAGAAAGUGCCAUCCUGCGUAACGAAGGCCUGAACUACAAGGCCAUGAGAGAGAUUGCCGAGUCCACGUUGUCACAGACAGACCACACGGUGCCAAACCGGACAAGGAAGAGGAAGGCUACUGAUGAAGACAAUGUGCCUCUCAAACGUCUCCAGCGAGACUUGGACGACGAGAAUGACAGCACCAACUGGUCUGGGUCUGGAAACGUAGACAUUCAAUGCAAAGAGGAACAGGAUCAAUACAUCCCAAUCAUUGAAAUCAGCUCUGUUUGUUCAAUGGCUACACCAUCCCCAGCUCAGGAACAUCGAUAUAUAACAGAUAUGGCGUCCACCACCUCAGAGUUGAAACUUGGCCAGAAACUGAACGAGGGAAAGACCAAGCAGAUUUUCGAGCUCCCGGAUGAGCCUGGUCAUGUCUUGGUGCAGUCGAAGGACCAGAUCACGGCGGGAAAUGCGGUCAGGAAGGAUCAGAUGGAAGGGAAGGCUGCCAUAGCCAAUAAGACUACCAGCUGCGUGUUCAAGCUGCUGCAGGAAGCAGGCAUCAAGACGGCCUUUGUGCGACAGACCUCAGAGACAGCUUUUGUGGCCACCCGCUGUGAAAUGAUCCCCAUCGAAUGGGUAUGCCGGAGGGUUGCCACCGGCUCCUUCCUCAAGAGGAAUCCGGGGGUGAAGGAGGGUUACCGGUUCUCCCCUCUCAAGAUGGAGAUGUUCUUUAAGGAUGACGCCAACAACGACCCGCAGUGGUCAGAGGAACAGGUGUUGGCGGCUAACUUCGACUUGGCCGGCCUGGCCAUUGGCCGCUGCGAGGUGGACAUCAUGAACCGUAGCACGGUGGCCAUCUUUGAGGUCCUGGAGAGGGCCUGGGCCACUCAGAACUGCACCCUGGUGGACAUGAAGAUUGAGUUUGGCGUGAAUGUGACCACCAAGGAGAUUGUGCUGGCUGAUGUGAUCGACAACGACUCCUGGAGACUGUGGCCAGCUGGGGACCGCAGCCAGCAGAAGGACAAACAGGUUUACCGUGACCUAAAGGAGGUGACUCCUGAGGCCAUGCAGAUGGUGAAGAGGAACUUUGAGUGGGUCGCUGAGCGAGUGCAGCUUCUGCUGGAGCCCCAGGCUUCAGGCCGGGUGGUGGUGCUGAUGGGCUCGACCUCAGACAUGGCCCACUGUGAGAAGAUCCGCAAGGCCUGUGGCUCCUACGGAAUCCCCUGCAUCCUCCGGGUCACGUCUGCACACAAAGGCCCAGAUGAGACCCUCCGCAUCAAGGCUGAGUAUGAAGGGGACGGCAUGCCAACUGUGUUUGUGGCGGUGGCAGGCAGAAGCAACGGCCUGGGCCCGGUAAUGUCGGGCAACACGGCCUACCCAGUCAUCAAUUGCCCACCCAUCACUCCAGACUGGGGGGCUCAGGACGUGUGGUCGUCCCUCCGCAUGCCAAGUGGGCUGGGUUGCUCCACUAUCCUCUCGCCAGAGGCUGCGGCCCAGUUUGCCGCUCAGAUCUUCGGCCUGACCAACCACAUGGUGUGGUGCAAGCUGCGUGCCUCUAUGCUGAACACUUGGAUCUCCCUGAAACAGGCCGACAAGAAGCUCCAGGCCUGCAGCCUUUAAAGAUUCAGAGUUGUUGGGUUUGGAAUUUUUUUUUUUUUUUUUUUUUUACGUUCCUAUUUCCAUUCCAGUCCCCAUGAUCCUUAUUGUGUAUCAUUGGUAACUCUUCCUAGUGGAGACGGUCUAAGCUGUGCAUUGCUAACACCAUACAUUCCUGUGAAUAAAACACUAAAACUA